UAAAGUCAGAUUGAUAUGGAUGUACAGGGCAGACACAAAAUGGGGCGACACUCAUCAGAUAGUGAGGAAGAAAAGAAGAAACACAAAAAGAAAAAGAAGAGAUUAAGGUAUACAACGGCCAGAUCACGCAGUGCAAGUGUCGAAAGUCGUCAUUCGUCAAAACAUAACAAAUCCAAGAAGAGGAAGAAACAUCGCUCUCGGUCUGCAAGCAGUACCAGGUCAAACGACAGACAUCGAACAAGGUCAAGGAGCAGAGACAAGCAUAGACGAAAGUCAAGAUCCAACAGCAGAGGUCGUUAUUCAAGGUCAAGGUCACACAGUAGGGACAGGAGAAGAAGGUCAAGGUCACAUGAGUCUCACUCAAGGUCAUCCAGGAGGUCAAGGUCAAGGAGUCCUUCCAGCAAGAAGUCAAAAUCAAGGAGGAGCAAUAGAUCAGAAGAAAGAGAAGAUCCAUGCUUAAACAUUCCAGGAUUUGCUGACAUGGCUCCUUCAGAGCAGGCCAAAAUCAGGAUGAACAUGGCUCUAAAAGCAGCAGCUGCGGCGGAUGAAAAGAUCAAGGGUGACAACUCUAGUAAGUCUGGAAUGUCGAGCAUGAAAGAGUCGCUGGCCUUCUCCCAGGCUGUACAAGACAUUGAGAGUGGCGGAUUCUCUGCAGGCGUGUUCAAGUCUACCAGAAAUGAGAAGCGUGAUGACAGCAAUUCUCGAGAUGAGUUCCUGUUUGGCACGGCAGGCGAGCUGAGACUUGAUGGUAACAGGAAGGCAGUCAUAGUAGACGUGGAUAGGGAGGAACUGGCCCACCCCAGUCUCUACUCGGAUCCUGAGGAGAAGCUCGACAAAUGGAUUCACCGACUCACUCAGUUACGACGGAAGAAACUGGAAGGGGAGGCGCUAUAUUGACUAGACUUUGCAGGGAGGCUGUCAAUGAGCCAUUGAUAUCCCAGUUACCUGCCGACAACAUAUGGAUGAUGGUGUGGAUUUUGUUGAGUUAAUGGCUUUUACUAAUGUACAUUGGUCAAAGCACAUGUUGUCAGUCGGUAAUUUGUAUGUAACAAACCUGCAGGUAUAGGAAUUCAUUGUUUUUAGCAUCAUAUUUUGCAAAUAAAUUGACGCUGUUGAGGAAUUCUUAUUUUCCAAAAUUGUCAUCAAAUAGAUGAAAAUAAUCCAAUGGCGCCGCGUUAUGAGAAAAGAGGGUUAAAUGCAUGUGUGUAAGGUGUUGUCACUGAUUAGCCUGUGUAAACUGCACAGGCUUAUCUAUGAUGACACUUUAAGCACAUCCAUAAGCACUGUUUACCCAGUGGGCAAAUCUUAAUAUGCCAUUGACCUGUGGACAGGUUGUUUUGUGUUAAUGGAAUUUACUUAUGUGACUUUAUGUAGUAUUGUUAUGUACAUGAUUUAAAUCUUGUCACGUUAUCAACAAGCCAUUCUUAGACUCAAGAAUAAAAACUAGUCUUACACUCAAUCUAAACACCUCAUGGUUUGCAAAUAUACAUGCUUAAAUUAUACCAUUAACAAAUUGUUAUAAAUGAAAAAUAAAUUAAUGAAAAGUG